GACGAAAAUUGUGACCGUUUGACCAGACCUUGUUCUCUCACUUUGUGCCCAGAGAAGCACAAAGCCCGGUUACCAUGGCUCUCUCUUAUGAAGCAGAGUCCGUUCUCUCGAAGGAAAUUCUCUCGCUCUAGAUACCAAGAGGAGGUGAUGUUUCACAAUAUCAUUCCGCUCAAUGAAAUACCUAGCAAGAUAUGGACAACGGGGCUUUCCUUUGUCAGCCCUCUGCUGAAAAGCUUAACGAACACACCCGUCGACACGCUCCCCGCCAAUGUUCUCUCAGAGAUUUUCAUGUGCACUCUAUCUUUCAACGGCUUCGGGUCCAUCGCUGAACGUGGUCGCCUUGCAUUAGAGCCACUGAUCCUCUCACACGUCAGUCGACGUUGGCGAAGCGUUGCGUUGUCUCAUCCACAAUUGUGGGCAACCAUUUGGGUUGACCGACCUCGCCCUCCCCACGUACCGAUGGUGGAAAUGUGGCUUGAACGGUCGCAGCGAGCCUCUUUGGUUCUUUACCUCCGGCAAACGCAACAAAAUGCGAACUUUACGGACCCAGACGAGCAUGGACUGACGGAAGAAAUCAUCAAACGCUUCAGCAGCCAGUUGUACCGCUGGUAUCGCAUCACCCUUUUCUUCUCUUUGCACACGCAAAAGUCGAUGCUCCUUCUUCCCGAUAAACCUGAUUCGGCUCCACUACUACAGCAUAUCCAUCUCGCCACCAAUGACGACUGGGAUCGCGAGAGUAAGCUGAAGACGGAGAAGAUCUUGCACUCUUACUCCGCCUUGAAGUCUCUCGUCAUCCACCCCUCUACGCUGCAGGUUCAUAUUCACUGGAAUCGUCUCACGGAGCUCGAUACCACUCAAGUCGGCUCACCAGUUGCCAAUUACAUCACUGUUUUGAAACUCUGUCGCAACCUAAUUACUGCUGAGUUGAGAAUCACGCCAGAUUCACUUGACGCACCAUUUGUCCGUCCGUAUCAUCGAGUUUCGCUGCCACGACUCAAAUCAUUCGCCAUUCAUUUCGACCAUACCGAUGCUGCACCGCUUCUUGACUGCCUUGUUUUACAGGCGCUUGAGGGUUUUGCGCUACGAUACACUCGUUCACAUCGUCGUAGCAAUGAUGCCAAUGCUCUCCGUCAACUACUCGCCCGAUCGGGACCUAGCUGCGUGCUUAAACGAUUUGCUCUUCAAGAUAAUCCCCGAACACGUGACCAUACGGCAGCCCAUCACCUUGCUUUCCUCCAAUCGCCACAGAUGCACGGCCUGAUCGAGCUAGCCCUGCAAAUUGAUCUGUGCGAUGAUGUAUUUCGGUUCCUCACGCUAGGUAGUGUGGAAGAUGGGACGCCACGCAAUCUACCCAACUUGGAGAUUGUGUCUUUGAAAGACGUCUCUGGAGAUCACGUGGAGGACCUGGAGCUCUAUCGAAUGGUUGUCUCUCGAUUGGGGCAGAAGACACCACUUUAUGGUGCAGUCUUCAAUCUAUGUCUCAACGGCCACUCUGAAUCGCGGAUUCUACCAUUGCUGUUUGAACGGUGUCGGAAUAGUAGGGUGCAAUUGAAGGUGUAUUUGGCCUCCUGUGAAGACGCAAAUUCAACGUCUGGGUGGUACACGAGUGAACCUAUUCCCGGAGGCUAUCUUACAGACGUAGCUUGA